AUGAUCGGAGGUUCCCAGGAGGGUCGGCCCCUCUUUUCUCAACACGAAACGGCCUGUUGCCGGGCAGAGGCCCAAGAAACCCAGCGAGCAGAGCCUCCUGCUGAAGCCUCACCAGAUCAGUAUGACUUCAGUCACGUGGGCUCAAGAAGAUUCAUGUCCCUGCUCACACGAAGGGCGCCAGCGAUAUCUGCCUCUUCCUGUGAAGGGAGUAAGCGCGCAGCCGCAGAUCCCUCAGCAUCUCAACCAAGCAUAUGGCGAUUGGCAACUGGAUAUAGUGGUCGCAUUGUUACAACUCUGCCAUCUGCGCACGCUCGCUACGCCAUUUGUCAAGCCGAAGAAGAGGUCCGCUCGUUGCUCGAGGCCAGUGUAACCGCGGCAAACGAAGGGAAAUCUCACGAAGCCCUUGGUGCCGGAAUCCAAGCCGUUAAGAAAGAAAGACACCUUCGAAAACUACUGAGGCAAGCGCAUCUUUUACAGCGCCAUGAUCCCGAGCUGACGUUCGCUGUUGUCCUCAACCUGGCGAACCGGCAUCAAGCUUGUCAAAACUUUCCCGAAGCUAUCUCAGCAUACGGCUCGCUGAUGCGUCAGUACAGGAACACGGCUGAGACAAGCGCCUUGUAG